AUGGGGACGAUGUUCGACGGGAACAUAGCAUCUAAUAAGAAGGCUCGCAAGAGCACACCAAAGGUCAGGUCCGGGUGUGUGACGUGCAAAGCCCGACGGGUGAAGUGCGACGAGCAGAAGCCCGAAUGUCAACGCUGUCUCCGCGCGAGUAGGAAGUGUGAAGGUUACCCAGGAGGUGGCCGUGGACUGUCCGCGCAGCCGCUGCCCCUGGAGCCGGCCUCGAUCGCGGCAUACAGCAUCCCCUUCAAGGUCCCCGGUAGUCAGGCGGACCGGCAGCUGCUCCACUACUUCUGCUGUCAAGCAGCCUGGAAUCUGUCCAGCUGCACAGAUCCAACCCUGUGGACAGAACUAAUCCUGCAGCGUGCCAACCACCAGCCCGUCAUCCGCAAUGCAUUGGUCGCGCUUAGUUCGCUGCACAAGGACUACCUGUGUGGGGAGCUGGCCGGGACCGAGUAUGAGACGCCGACUCCGUCCACGAGUCUCGCGCCGGUCGCGAACGUGAAGACCAUGGCCGUGAUCAGCAGAUGCCACCGCCAGCUGAGGAACUACCUCGCGCGACCCGAUGCGUCUCCGGACGUGGCGCUCGUCUGUAGCUUGAUAUUUUACACGUUUGAGUCCCUGCUCGGCGAAUCCCAGCGGGCAAUCUGGCAUCUAGACCAGGGCUUGAUCUUGCUUAGGAAGUGCCAGCUUGACCAUUCGCUCGCGUCGGAUGAUCCCCUGAUCCCACACCUAAGCACGCUGCUGCACCAUCUGGACCUUCAGGCCAGUUGCUUCGACGACCGACGCCCUCCAUUGUUGAGACUCGCCACCGAUGCGGAAACGAAAGGCCACCUCGACAUCGUCCCCGACACGUUUCUCGACCUGACACACGCCGAAGCCGUCCUCACCAAGAUCCAGAACUGGGCGCUGCACCAUCUCGUCAACUGUGUCCAUUACCGGGGAGCCGGGGUGGAAGAGCUGCCAUCCGAGUCCUUCGUCGAGAGACUCGUGCUCGCGGCGCAGCUGCAGAAGUUCGAAACCGUCCUGGACCGGUUCGCAUACCACGGGAGCUCGAUCUCGCACACAGCGACGCACAAUCAGCGCGAGGACCGUCGUCAGCAACGGACGCAACGCCUCUUGCUCCUUCGCGUCAAUCUGCACACCUUCACCUACCUGGUCAAGGAAAACCUGCCCCUACUUACGGCCGAUGCGUCCGACAUGGCAAAGAAGGUCAUGGCCUUGCUGCCAGGCUAUAGCGGGAGGCCUCUGCCGCAGAUAGUGCUAUCAGGCGGUGAUACGGAAACCGACCUCGAGAGCGCCCUGGCUAGCAUCGAAGCUCUCCUCUCCCAGACGUGGCCGCUGCCGGACUCUGCCGCGACCGGUCCAGAGACGACGACGUCGGCCACCCCGGCUCGAACCUACACGCUCUCGACGCACCUGAUCGCGGCCAUCUACUUCCUCAGCCUCAAGACCACGAACAGGCAGAUCCUCGAAAAGGCCACGGCCCUGUUCUCGCACCCUCAGCUUCGCCACGCCCGCGACGGCCUGUGGGAUGCGCGCACCGCCGCCUUUCUCGUCAAAAACCUCGUCCGGGUCCGUCAAAACGGCGACGUCACAGAGGGCAGCGACGCCAGCGAUAUCCUCAUGCACAUUGCCGAGCAAGACAUUGGCGUCGACAUCGCCCAAUUGCAGCGGAUUUUUCACAUGAGCCAGAAGUCCGGCCUCCCGAUGAUGCAGUCCAAGAAAUUCACUCUGGUGCUGCGGAAGGGGGCGGUCGUGCGCAGGCACAUCGGUCAAGAACACAGGAUGUCUUCCUGUGCAUAUUCCUCCACCUCUACCUCAGCGACGGUCAAGCGCAACGCCCAUGACGUCCAUGCUCCCGUUUACGGAUUCGAAGAUCAACAACACGUUGCCGGCGCACGCUACACACUGCCCACAGACCAUUUGGCUCCGAUGCCUGUUCCCCCAAGACGAACACCGAGCAAGACUGGCCCAUCCAGAGCGCAGGGGAAGUUCGGACCGCAAACACAAUCUGAGGGCACAGCAAAUGUAUACCCGGAGUAUCACGUCUGGAAUGCAUGCAUACACGUUUGUUCGGACCCUUGUGCUGUGUUCAAACCCGAGCCUUAUCCCGCGCCCGCGGCCGUAAUCACCCGUCCCUUCCGUUUCUAA